GGACAACAUCGAGGCCGCGGCCGACGUUCUGGCGGCAUCCGGGUAUGCCAUCGCCCUGACCGGCGCCGGACUUUCGGUGGAAAGCGGCAUCCCAUCCUUCCGCGGGCCGGAUGGUCUGUGGACCAGAUACGGGCAACCCACCAACCUGUCCUAUCGGGAGUUCGUGGCCGACCCGGCGGGCUGGUGGGAGCGACGCCUGCAAGACGAGGAUGCGGUGGACAACGCGGCGCCCAACCCGGGGCAUCUGGCAUUGGCGCAGCUGGAGGACAUGGUGUUCUGAAGGCGGUAAUUACCCAAAACGUGGACGACCUGCACGGGCAGGCGGGCAGCCGGGCGCUGCUGGAAAUUCACGGCAACCGCAACUACCUGCGUUGCGUGGGCUGCGGAGGGCGGUGGCCGCGCGCCGAUUACGUCAUUGGCGACGUGCCUCCAAUAUGCCGGGCGUGCGGCGGCGUCAUCAAGCUGGACACCGUGAUGUUCGGCGAGCCGAUACCGCGUGCCACGCUGGACGCCUGCUUUGCCGAGGUGCGGCGCUGCGAUACCGUGCUGCUGGUCGGAACCUCCGGCACCGUGAACCCGGCGGCGCAAUUCCCCCUGCUGGCCAGGGAGUUGGGGGCCCGGGUCAUCGAGGUCAAUCCUGGGCCAACGCAGUUGACCCAUGCGGCCAACGUUGCCAUCAACGGGCCGGCCGGCGAGCUAUUGCCGAAAAUUGUCGAAUCGGUGCGGCGACGGUUGCAACGCAUCGAAUAA